GGCGCGGUGGAGGUGGCGGCGGCGGCGGCGUAGCUGGGACGGGGGCUCCGGGCGGCGGCGGCGCAGGCAUGGACUCCCGGCUGGACCAGGAGACGGCCCGGUGGCUAAGAUGGGACAAGAAUCCUUUAACUUUGGAGUCAGUGAAACAACUCAUUGCAGCAGGUAAUACAGAGGAACUACAAAAAUGUUUUAGCGCUCGAAUGGAAUUUGGGACAGCUGGCCUCCGAGCUGCUAUGGGAACAGGAAUUUCUCAUAUGAAUGACUUGACCAUCAUUCAGACGACACAGGGAUUUUGCAGGUACCUGGAAAAGCAAUUCAGUGACCUGAAGCAAAGAGGUGUUGUGAUCAGCUUUGAUGCUCGAGCCCACCCAGCAAGUGGAGGCAGCAGCAGGAGAUUUGCCCGACUUGCUGCAACCACGUUCAUCAGCCAGGGGAUUCCUGUGUACCUCUUUUCUGAUAUAACCCCAACCCCUUUUGUGCCCUACACAGUAUCACAUUUGAAGCUUUGUGCUGGAAUCAUGAUAACUGCCUCUCACAAUCCAAAGCAGGAUAAUGGUUAUAAGGUCUAUUGGGAUAAUGGAGCGCAGAUCAUCUCUCCUCACGAUAAAGGGAUUUCACAGGCUAUUGAAGAAAACCUAGAACCAUGGCCUCAAGCCUGGGAUGAUUCUGUACUCAAUGGCAGUCUGCUCCUUCACGACCCAAGCGCUUCCAUCAAUAAAGACUAUUUUGAAGACCUUAAAAAAUACUGUUUUCACAGGGCUGUGAACAAGGAGACCAAGGUGAAGUUUGUGCACACCUCUGUCCAUGGUGUGGGUCACAGCUUCGUGCAGUCGGCUUUCAAGGCAUUCGACUUGAUUCCUCCCGAGGCUGUUCCUGAACAAAAGGACCCUGAUCCUGAGUUCCCAACAGUGAAAUACCCGAAUCCCGAAGAGGGUGAAGGUGUCUUGACUUUGUCUUUUGCUUUGGCUGACAAAACCAAGGCCAGAAUCAUUUUAGCAAAUGACCCAGAUGCUGAUAGACUUGCUGUGGCAGAAAAGCAAGAAAGCGGCAAAUGGAAAGUGUUUUCAGGCAAUGAGCUGGGGGCCCUCCUGGGCUGGUGGCUCUUUACUUCUUGGAAAGAAAAGAACCAAGAUCACAGCGCCCUCCAAAACUUAUACAUGUUGUCCAGCACCGUCUCUUCCAAAAUCCUGCGAGCCAUCGCCUUGAAGGAAGGUUUUCACUUCGAGGAAACAUUAACUGGCUUCAAGUGGAUGGGAAAUCGAGCCAAACAGCUGAUAGACCAGGGGAAAAAUGUCUUAUUUGCAUUUGAAGAAGCUAUUGGAUAUAUGUGCUGCCCUUUCGUGCUGGACAAAGAUGGAGUCAGCGCGGCCGUCAUAACUGCAGAGUUGGCCAGCUUUCUAGCAACCAAGAAUUUGUCUUUGUCUCAGCAGCUGAAAGCCAUCUAUGUUGAGUAUGGCUACCAUAUCACCAGAGCUUCGUAUUUUAUCUGCCAUGAUCAAGAAACUAUUAAACAAUUAUUUGAAAACCUUAGAAACUAUGAUGGGAAGAGUAAUUAUCCAAAAACUUGUGGCAGAUUUGAGAUUUCUCACAUUAGGGACCUUACAACUGGCUAUGAUGAUAAUGAACCUGAUAAAAAAGCUAUUCUCCCGACUAGUAAAAGCAGCCAGAUGAUCACCUUUAGCUUUGCUAACGGAGGCGUGGCCACCAUGCGGACCAGUGGGACAGAGCCCAAGAUCAAGUACUAUUUGGAACUGUGCGCCCCGCCUGGAAACAGUGAUCCCGAGCAGCUGAAGAAAGAACUAGAUGAACUAGUUAGUGCUAUUGAAGAGCAUUUUUUCCAGCCACAAAAGUAUAACCUCCAGCCAAAAGGAGAGUAAACCAUCCCAGCCUCGGGCAUAAUUACAUUUACAUACAGCUAAGCUGAACUUGAUUUCUUAAGCAAUGUUUUUGAGGGCCAAAUAAUUUAAAGUAUUGCUAAAAGUAUUUUUUUUUUAAUAGACCUGCAUUCCUCCUUACUUUAUGUUUGAAUGUGAAGGGAAAUAAAGAAAGAUGGCCCAAUCUAACAAACCAACAUUCCUUUUAAAAGGCUGAGCCUGGACAUCAUCUGAAUUUAAAAAAUGAAGGUUUUAAAAAUAAUUAACCUUCAAAAAACAUGUUGUGCUUAAUAAGCUUUCAUUAGAAUAAAUACCAAUUAUGUUUGUCCUCUAAAGUUCAUUUUAUAUGUAAGUGAAACAGCCAUAAAGCCUAUACAAUUACUAAAUUCUGGGCUGUCAUAUCUAAGCUAGCCACUUUAAUAUAUGUAUAUAUUUGCAUUUCUGUCAAGUCCUUAUAAGAUAAAUGAACAGAGCAAAUGUUGUGUUUUAGGGAAAGUACAAAUCACGGGAACCUAUAAAGUUGAGCAAAAGAUACUUUAAAAAGGUGAAAUUUUUUGACCUAAAACUUUAUUUCUAAUUAUGCACCAUUAUACAUUGUGUAAGUGGUAGGAAAAAACAGCUUAACCAUCUUUGUGUGGUGUGUAUUCAUUUCCUUUUUUAAAUCUUGAAUCAAACAGUUGGUUAUUUGACACUUGCAAAGUAGAUUAUUGUAAUUUUUUUUUUUUUUUUUGCUUUAGUACAUUUAAAUGUAAUCUUGGUACUAAAGUAGCAAGGAUUAUAAGCAAUAACUUCGUGACUGACCUUGAUUUUUUUUUUUGCCUUGUUUUUAUGUGAUCACAAUCUAAAACCAGACAUUUCCAGGUUCAUUAUUUGAUCUGUGCCUCCUUAACACUGAUGGCCUUAUAACCUUCCAAAAUGACUCCCAGCAAGUACCAUGACCAAAGACCAAACUGUUCUUUAUAUACUUUAUAUAUUUUGUGUGAUUUUUUUAUUUUUAAAGCAAAUGAUUGCCUAUUAUUCUUAACUUAAAUGGUUAUUAGAAGUUUCAGAACAAUGAAAAAUUACAGUUCUAUUGUCAAUCAUGUUUCCAAUAUGAAGGAAAGAAUAUCUGUAUAUCCUCAUAAUAACAUAGUUUGUCCCCUACCAGCACUUUUAAAAUACAAUAUUCCAUAUAUUCUAUCAGCUGCUUCAUUGUAGAUGAAAUAUUUAUUUUUGUUUGAUAAUGUUUUCUAGUCUUAAACUGUACUCUGGAAAAAAGAAAUUUUAGAUCUGAGCACAUAAAGGGUACUCCAUCGCAGAGCUUGUCUCUGGAAAUGCGAAGGGAAUUUAAAAUCUAGUCCUGCUUGAUGGAGCUCAGGGUCUAAUUGGAGAGCUAAUACGCAACUACUGAGUACAGUGUUUACUCAUUCUGUGACUGAGUUAUUUGCAAAGUACUCAGAGUUGAAAAUUGUGAGAAAGGAAAUCAUUCUGCCCAGAGGAGACUUCACCUUCAGGAGCAAGUAGCAGCUGAAGAUGGAGAAGGAAGUCUUCGAGGCACAGAGGACAGCUAGAGGAGAAGUGUGGAGUGCUGGGGGCCUGGUUGGGGUGGGCUGGGGGGUGAAGGCAGAAGCCAGAUGUACAUUUCAGUACAUGUCCCACUUCUCCCCAUGAGCAGGGAGCGGGUGAUUCAGCAGGACCUAGUGGAGAUCCUCCUCUAUUUCCAAGUAUCUUGACUUUUUCUUGUUACUAUGGGAUGCAAGAUAGCAAUGUGCGGGGCAUAAAACUUGCAACAUAAGGCCCCUGCAUUCUAGUCUUGGUCCACUGGGAACCAGCUCUGUGACCGUGGUCAGGUCACUUAGCCUCCCAAAGUCUCCAUUUUGUUAUUAUUUACAACUUUAUUUUUUUUUAGGGCAGUUCUAGAUUCACAGAAAAAUUGAGAGGAAGAUACAGAGAUGUCUCAUACCCACCCUGCCCCGACACAUGCCAGCCUCCCCCAUCCUCAACACCCCCACCAGAGUGGUACAUUUGUUACCAUCAAUGAACCUAAAUUAAUGCAUCAUUAUCAUCUGAACUGUGGAAACAGGAAAAAGAUCAGUGAACGAGUGAGGAAUAGUAGGCAGAGCACAGAGGAUUUUUAUGGCAGUAAAAAAAUUUUUCUCUAUGAUACUGUAAUAGUGAAUACAUGUCAUUAUACAUACAUUUGUCCUAAUCCAUAGAAUGUACAAAACCAAGAGUGACUACUAAUGUAAACUGUGGACUUGGGGUGAUAAUUUUGUCAUUUUUAAAAUAAAGAGAUUUU